ACAACUCAUCGAUGACGGCUGCGCGGUCUUGAAUGACGCUGUACGUAAAAGAUGGCGGCGACCUUGUGUGGAACGUUGCUAGCGAAAUCAGGAUGGCUGCCACUGACGCAGUGUGGCCGGGUUCGACACAUGUCCAAAUCAGUGACCCGCCACAAGAGGCCCAUGCACAUUAUAAAACAGAAGCUAAUGGCUGUUACAGAAUACAUUCCUCCUAAACGGCUAGCAGCAGGCGCGUAUCCAUCCCAAAACAAAAAGGUGGAAGUGGAAAGCGGUCUGGUGUUGCUCUUGAAGAAGGAAGUGAAGAAGGUAUUCCAGGACUGCAAGAUGAUUGCGGUGGUCCAGAACAACGCCAGCAACUCUGAGGACAUGUUGACCCUGAGGCACCGGCUUCACAAGCACAGCCUCACCGUCAAGUUCUUCCCAAACCAGGUUAUGAGGUCCUUCCUGAAGGACGGCGAGUUCUGCAACAUGGCUCCUCUGUUCAUCGGGUCAACGGUGCUGAUCGUCAGUACACAGGGCAAGGUGAAAGAGAUGCUGUCCACUCUGAGGGGCAGCCCACAGAUGGUGCUGCUGGGCGCCUGCGUGGACGGCACCCUGCUGAGCGCCCAGGGCGUGCAGCACUACUCCAAGCUGCCCUCGGUCAGCGUGGUGCAGGGGGAGCUGGUCAGCGGCCUGACCCUGCUGUCGUCCCGCACGGCCUCCCUGCUCCAGCACCACCCGGCCCGCCUGUCGGCGCUGCUCCAGCAGUACGUCAGCCAGCAGGGGGCGCCGGCGGCGGAGCCACGCCCCCAGGAGUCAGAGGGAGUGGCGGAGCAGUCCUAGGGGGCUCGUUGGGCCCCGUGGGAACACUCCGGGCCUCCACCGCGCUGUGGAGGUGAUCUGGUCCAAGAUGGAAGGCUCACCGGGACCGGACUUGUCUAGUGCGUCUUCCGCACACCACCGUUCUUUUGGGGUUUUAUAGACUGGCGGAGGGAUUUGUUGAGAAAAAUACGCUACUACUACCACUCUUUAGAAUGUCUGGAGUGGCUUUAUGGCGCUUCAACCCCACUGAAGACAUUGGUGUGCACGUCCUCAUGAACAUUAUGGCUUCUUAAAUGUUGUUGAAAUGUAUCUUUUUGGUUUGAUUCUCAUGUGGUGUUUUAUUUAAUGACAUUAAAACCAUGAGCAACACAUAA